AUGCCACCAAAACCGGCACGGAACCGCUUCAAUGGCAACGGUUAUCGACAAGACUUCCUAGAACACUGGAACUACGAUGCUGGCGUUGUCAACAAGCUGCUACGCGAGUUUGCCAGCAAGGUGCCGUGGGUUCGUGUCAUUGAACAUCCGGAAUUCCACACCAUGUUCGGAGCCAAUGUCUAUCUCCUCAGCAGAGAUGGUCUGCAUCUGACCAUAGAUGGUACGAACACGGUUGCAAGCAACAUAGAAACAGCCGUCACGUCUCUAACGAAACCAACUAGACCGACUUACCCAGGGCCUGAUACUCAGUCCAGCCGUCCCGCACCUACACAUACAACACCGACAUACGAAUAUGGACCCCGGCGUUACAGUGAUGUUCUAUCAGGUCAGGGCGUAACGUCACAUGGUGGUGGUGGGGGUGGUAGUAGGGGUGGUGGUGGUAGUGGGUGGUGGUUGUUGUGGUGUUGGCGGUGGUGGUAG